UGAGCACAUAGGAGCAAGGUUUUAAAUAGCAGUAACGGUAGCGGAAGCGGUCAUCACGGUAGCGGCCAUUGCGGUCGCUGUGAUGCGUGUAGCGGUCGCAGUGGCGUGAAAUAUUUUCAAGUUCGCUAGAUUGUCGAAGGUGCCGGUAGCAGUGGUGGAUCAUUGUGAGGGCAGGGGUGGGCUCAAGCCCAGCCCAAUUUUUUAUUUAUAUAUUAAUAUAGGUAUAAGUUUGAUUACCAGCCCACCCCAAAAUUAAUUCCCAGCCGAGCCCAAGCCUAAUCCAAGUGUUUAACUAUUCCGCUAAUCCACUCACCUGCGGCCUUCUGAUCCUUAUGCGAAGAUUGAAGAACGAAGGUCGAAGAAGAGCCUAGCAGCUUGCGACACGAGCUGACCUGCAGCCACCAGCCGCACUGUCGGACGCCGUCGCCUACUCGGCCGUGUUUUCUCUCCGACUCUCCGCACUGCCUAUAGCUCCUGAGCCCCAGCCUCUAGGUGACCUGGCAUAAUGUAUAGACAAAAUAGAAUUUGGAUGUAUGAUAAACAUGCGGUAUUGUACGGAAUGCAAUCAAAUUUUCUUGAAGGAGUUGAGGAGUUUAUUAAAUUCGCACUUGAACAUCCGGCUUAUAUGAGUGGUGAUAAAAUCAGAUGUCCAUGUUCAAAGUGUAAAAAUCUCAAAUUUAAACACCCAGAAGAAGUUGGGUGGGAUUUGUACGCGGACGGUUUCCUUCCCAAUUAUUACAAUUGGACUUCUCAUGGCGAACCUUUGGAUCCAUCUGUUUUACCACAAACGGUAGGUUCGUCUCGUAACGUCCCUGCAG